GGGUGCUGCCUCCGCGCGCUUGCGCAGCUGAACAGCUCUGGCGGCGGCGGCGGCGGCCUACUGGAACCCGCUCGCCGCGAGAUUUCCCGCGUUCCGAGAGGUGGUUGGACUGCAGCAGAUGACCAAUGGGGUUCAAAGCUUGCUAGCAAAUUCUACGGGUGCAGCAACUCCAGCAGCAAAUUCCCUGAUUCAAGUGUUAUAACACACCCAGACCGUUAUUUGAUGAUUGUUACGAGUGGAGGCCUCAAUCAACAGAGAACAGGGAUAAUUGAUGCUGUUGUUGCUGCACGUAUUCUAAAUGCGACACUUGUUGUUCCCAAACUGGACCAGACUUCCUUCUGGAAAGAUGCCAGUGACUUUGCUCAAAUUUUUGAUGCCGACUGGUUCAUCUCAUCUUUAUCAAAGGAUGUGAGGAUCGUGAAAAUGCUUCCAGAGAUAGGAGGUAAAGUGCGGGCUCCUCAUAGAAUGCGUGUGCCCCGAAAGUGCACUCCGCGUUGUUACUUGAACCGUGUGUUGCCUGCACUUCUUAAGAAACAUGUUGUUCGACUAACAAAAUUUGAUUAUAGGCUAGCAAACAGGUUGGAUUCUGACCUGCAGAAGCUGAGAUGCAGAGUAAACUACCAUGCGUUGAGAUUUACUGACCCAAUACAAGAAAUGGGUGAAAAGAUAAUACAGCGAAUGAGGGAGAGGAGCACACAUUUUAUUGCUCUUCAUUUAAGAUUUGAACCUGAUAUGCUUGCCUUUUCGGGGUGCUACUAUGGCGGUGGAGAGAAAGAGAAGAGAGAGCUUGGUGUGAUACGGAAGAGAUGGAAAACCUUGCAUGCUAGCAAUCCAGAGAAAGAAAGAAGGCACGGUAGAUGCCCACUAACCCCUGAAGAGGUGGGGCUGAUGUUGAAGGCACUGGGCUACACAAACGAUGUUCACAUUUAUGUUGCCUCUGGAGAUAUAUAUGGUGGGGCAAGGACAUUAGAACCCCUGAAAGCCCUCUUCCCCAAUCUCCAUACCAAGGAAACAAUAGCAAGCAAAGACGAGCUGGCUCCAUUCUCAAAAUACUCAUCUCGCAUGGCUGCAUUGGAUUUCAUCGUCUGCGAUGGAAGUGAUGCUUUCGUGACUAACAACAACGGGAACAUGGCCAAAAUUUUGGCUGGGCGAAGGAGAUAUCUUGGGCAUAAGAGAACGAUCCGACCAAACGCUAAAAGGCUGUAUUCUUUAUUCUUGACUAGAGGAAACAUGUCUUGGGAUGCAUUCUCCUCCAAAGUGCACAUGUUCCAGAAAGGGUUUAUGGGAGAGCCCAAAGAGCUCAGGCCAGGAAGGGGGGAAUUCCAUGAGAACCCGUCGACGUGUAUAUGUGAAAAGACCGAUCCCAAAACACUAACCAAAUCUAACCCUCGAAGCCAGCAAGGCUUGACUAAUGGUACCGAGGGAGGCAAAGCCACUAGUGAGCCCACAGUUCCUGAUAAUACCGGUGAAGAGCUGGGAGGAUCCGGUGAGGAAGAAGAUGACGCUCCCAUGGAGAAAGAAGAUGACGCUCCUGUGGGGAAAGAAGAUGACGCUCCUGUGGAGAAAGAGGAGAUAGUCGACACUGAAGUGGAGGAUGAUGCGUUGGUCAGACCAGAUGAUCCUGAGCUAGAGGAGUUCCUUUCAGAUUAGACAAGUUAUUAUCCAGGAAGUAGAUGUUAACCAGCCGCCGCCACAGUUUUGGUGAGCAACUGAUGAGUUUUGACCCUCUUAACUUGUACAUACUUUCUGCUGUGUAAAAUGCGCAUCCUCAGCUCUACUGUAGGUAGCUCAUAGUGUAUCAUGACCAUUCCUUAGUCCAGUAUCGUUGGCUCUUGAUUGUUGUAACUUUAUAUUUUGAGGCUGUAGCGUUUGUGGUGGUAUGAGUUUGUAGCUGUAGCAUGCUCCUGUUUCUGUUUA